AUGAAGAUCCUCGACGACGAAGAGAGAAAUGCCCACUGGAACGCCGUGCUUCGUGAAGGAGCCAUUGGUACCGCCGUCGGGCUCGGUGUUUCUGCUGGCCUUGUUGCGUUCAUCAAGAGAAGACAGCCCCUCAGAUACAAGUCGUUCAACGCGUCGUUAAAAACCGCCUUGUGGGUGAUGCCUACCGUUACCAUUGGUGCUUUCUUUGCCGAUGAAGGUUCCGUCAACUUCGACAGACAGAUGCACCAGUCAGACUACCUCAACCAGCAGGAAGCUCAAAAAUUAGAGCAGUGGAACAAGUUGUCGCUUGCAGACAAGAUUUUCACCAGAGUGAACGAGAAUAAGUACAAGAUCAUCAUCAGUGCAUGGGCGCUCUCGCUUUGGGGCUCGUGGCACAUCGUCAACAAGGACAAGUACAUGACCACCACCCAGAAGGCUGUCCAGGCCAGAGUUUACGCCCAGGCCAUCACCGUGGUAUUGUUAUUGGGAACGGUUCUUUUGUCGAUGCACGAGCAGGAGUUAAAGAAGAAGCAGCCACCUCCAGUGCCAGAGUGGAAGAAGUUCUUGGACGAGCAAGAGAGCCACAAGAGAGAGCAACAGAGGCUUGCGCAGCAGCAACAGAAGCAGAAGGAGCACGAGUCUGCAAAGCCACUGGAGGGCCAGGCCGCCCACGAGAAGAAGACUUUCGAGAAGAAGUCCGAGGAGAAAAAGGAGCUUCUCAAGGAGACCGCCAAGGAGAGCUUGUGA